AUGGUCCCACGACACAGGUUAAAAGCAGGUGCCAAUAACACCGCACCGGUUUCGGGCCAGAACGACAGCAAGCAAACACUGACCUCGAGGCUCCAAUUUCAUCACACCCUGCCAAAGUCUGUUCCUCAUUCGUUGCAUGCACUACGCACUAGUGUGUUUGCACUUUUUCAAGUCAAUCUCGCCUUACGAUCACCCAGAUUGGCACAAUGUCUCCCCACCCCUGAUGUCGGCGUGGACCACCUGCACUCAGCGCCUCCUGCCACUGGUCUUGACGGGGAAGCCAAUUGGCCGAUGGAAUUGCCACCUUUUGGCGAACACUGCCCUCCUGGCUCUCCCCUUUGCUCCACUGUCUCGUAG